GUCACUUGCGAAGCGCACCAGAAAGAACGAGGCGGCAGAGGAGAAGUGAGAAAGAGACGGGGAGUGGGGAGGAGAGCCUGGAGCGAAUCAUUCAUUGGCAUACGCUGAAAAAGUGAGAUGUAACGGUAACGCACCUGUGACACUUUAUUCCAAGAAUGACAUUAAAUAAGACCAUUCUUGAAUUGCGUGGAUGCAAAGAGGAACAUAAUGUCUAUCAUGUUAACGAGCGUGUUGUUUAAAGACUGAGAGAUGAACAUGGACAAGAUCCUGGAAGCAGUGAUGAUGUCGCCACAUUCUAGAGCGGUGAAAGAGGGGAUGGUGAGGCGAGUGAUAGGCUCGGCCCCUCAGCCGCUUGACAGAGCACAAUGUAUGGCCAUGUUCGAUGUGGCCACCAAGCUCUUUUUGCUGGGUGAAUCUCAGUUCAAACAAGAUGUGGGGAGGGAAGUCUUGGAGGCUUUUGCCCAACAUCAUCAGCAGGACUUUGAAGAAUUCUUCAACGUGAGAUUUAUCCUAGACCUCCUGCAGGAGGGGUAUGCUUCGCUGGGCAAGAGAAGCCCUCAGAUUUUUGACUACCUCCAAGUGGGGCUGCGCUACAUCAUAGAGAGCCCUUCCUCCGAAGAACUCUUUCACCUCCUGCAGAUCGAAGUGCUGAGGAUUGUGUGUGAGAGACCUGGCCCGGAGCUCUGUGCUAGAAUCGCCAAGCUGCUGAACCAGUACCCUCAGUGUGUGCCCAGUGGCAACCUGCAGACUGUCUUCUGCCAGCAGCUCAUCCAGACCAUCAGGCUGUUCCAGUGUCAGUGCGAUGGGGACGAUGACAUCGUCGCUUUCCUUGAGCAUGUGACCAAAACCAGCGGCAUGCUGCAGAGCGUCUGGAGAACCAACAUGGCCACAAUCCUGCCCUCCCUCAAAGAGCUCUUCAUUGUCAUUUCUUCUCCAGCAGCAGAAGGGGGCAGUGUUCCAUCCAACGCUCUGGCCAGUGUGGUGCAGUACGUGCCUUUGGAACUGAUGGAGGGAGUGGUACGAAAUCUCACCAAUGACAAGAAUAUUUCUGAUGCACAGAUGCUGAUAGCCAUCUGUAGAAUGAUGGACUGGCUGUCAUGGCCGUUCACGAAAAACAUAGACAAAUGGAUUAUUGCCCUAAUGAAAGGUGUGGCAGCAGUAAAAAAGUGUGCAAUCCUGAUUGAAGUGACUCUCACAAAAAUUGAGGAGGUUUUUUCAAAGUUGUUCUACCCCAUUGUGCGAGAGGGGGCACUGUCCAUGUUGUCAUAUUUGCUGCUCAGUUUUCAACAGUCUCCUGAAGCCUUUCACUUGCUGCUUCCGCAGAUUCCCCAGCUCAUUUCUGCUCUCUCUGCUGAGGAGUCGGACUCCGCAAGGCAUUGCCUUGCGCAGAUGGUCGAGCUAACACACUGCCUCCUGUUCAGGUUCUCUGGCUUCCCAGACCUCUACCAACCUGUCUUAGAGCUUAUAAAGGAUCUGCCUGUCCCCAAUGAGGAACGGAUGAAGCAGCUGCUCAGACAGAGUGCUUGGGCACCUCAGAAGACUGAGCAGGUUUCCUUCUGUCACAGGCUUGCCCCCAAGUCCCAGACAGGGAAAACUGGUCUGGUGAACCUGGGAAACACUUGCUACAUGAACAGUGUGAUUCAGGCUCUUUUCAUGGCCUCUGAUUUCAGAAGGGCAGUAAUGUCUUUAAAAAACUGUGACCUUUUGCCUCUUAUGGGAAACCUACAACGGCUCUUUGCUUUUUUGGAACAUAGUCAGCGUCCAGCAAUUUCCCCAGAUAGCUUUCUGGUAGCAUCUAUCCCAGCAUGGUUUACUCCAGGAACUCAGCAGGACUGUUCAGAAUACCUCAAAUACCUGCUUGACAGACUUCAUGAAGAAGAGAAGAGGAGCCACCAGAAGACAAGAGGUUCACUUGCUGGGAGUGAGGAAAAUGGAACCCUGAUCAAGAAGAUGUUUGGUGGAAAGAUGGUGACUAGAAUCCGUUGCCUUCGGUGUCAGAAUAUCUCCCGGAGAGAGGAGGCACUUACUGACCUGUCCUUGGCCCUGCCUCCACCCGAUCACAGCCCCGAGAGGAGUUUUAUCAUCAGCCCAUCUCCUCCUGUGGUAGAAGUGAUUGGACCGUCAAGCCUGUCUCCUUCCAAGACCCAAAGCCAAACACUUCUAUCCCCUAAAAGAAACAAAAAGCUGGAGAAGCCUGAAGAACAUGGCGUAAGAGUUGUUCCUGUGGAAACCAUCGGUGACAUUGACAAAGCUGUUCCUCUGGAUUCAAAUGAAGAAGUUGAUAGCAAGUCCUUUUCACAUGGUACUUCCGGGGAACCCAUCAGUGGUUCUGAAGCUUCACUUUCUGUUCCAGACCUCAUAAAUUUCUUUUUAUCCCCUGAGAUGCUGACAGGGGAGAACAAAUACCACUGCCAGAGGUGCUCCUCCUUGCAGAAUGCCGAGAAGGUAGUUGAGGUGACUGAAGGGCCUCACUACCUAAUCUUGACCCUACUGAGGUUUUCCUUUGAUGUAGUGACCAUGAGGAGAAAGAAGAUCCUUGACAACGUGUCGAUCCCUUUAGUUUUAAAAAUACCCAUCCGGGUUACCUCUAAAGACCCAGCGUCAGCUGAAGCUGGAAAACUGUAUCCGGAGUCCAGCACGGAAGGUAGUGCAUAUGUCUCCAUGACCUAUGACCUGGGAAGUGUGGUAGUGCAUUCUGGACUUUCUUCAGAGAGUGGACACUAUUACUGCUAUGCAAGGGAAUGUGACUAUGGGAAUUUGGAGAAACAAUCAAACACUGGGGCACACAUUUCAAGUCAACAGCCCACUGCCGAAAACCAGUGGUUCUUAUUUAAUGACACGCGGGUCUCCUUUUCCUCGUUUGAAUCAGUAAGCAACGUGACCACUUAUUUUCCCAAAGACACAGCCUAUGUCAUGUUCUACCGGUUAAGGCCAUCUCAGCAUGUGGAGGCAGACAGAGAAUGCAUUUCAGCUGCUGAUAAUUUGCAUGUAGGAGAGUCACUUCACAAAGAACUGAGUGAGGCAAUUACAAAAGAUAAUACACUGCAUUUACAGGAACAGGAGAGAGAAGUAAGACACAGAGCUGCAUUGUCCCCCUCAUCAGCAGAGGCACCUGUGUGGUUAAAGAGACCCAGAAGCCGUGAUGAGAAAAUAGGACACACAAACUUGCUUCCACAGAAGACGCAGCUGGGAGGAGGAGCCUGGAAAUUCAGUUCCAGUGGUGCACUCCUGAAGGCGGGAAGCCUCACCAUGUGUCAGAGAACCGUUCCUCUCUACUUUGGAGAAUCAGAGGACUUAGCCAAGAAAAAUACUGCAAAGUGCUAAGAGUGCCUUUAUCGGUAUAUUGGUAUGUUGGUUUGGUUGUUGCAAACGUUGUGCCUAGCUUAUUACUGCUCUUAAAUGUAUAUUAACUAUUGUUAAAAUAUUUAUAAGAGAACACAUACCUGCUAGCUACAUGGCUUAAAAUACUGUUAUUUAUUACAUAAAAAGUGGUUUCCUGUAUAUUGAAGAAAUGUGAAAA